GUCGUGAAAUCCCCAUUUGCCAUGGUCUUCGAAGAUCAGCUGCAGUUAACACUGAUGCGACUGAAGUUGGGGCUUUUACUUUUCGACCUAAGCUUUCGAUUUUGUAUCUCAACAUCGGCAGUGAGCAGAAUUUUUUGCUUCAUUGUGUCAGAGCUGGCAAAAUUUGCUCGCAAGUACCUUGUUUUCUGGCUGCCCAGAGACGUGAUUCAGCAAACCCUUCCUGAGAGCUUCGCAGAUUUUCGGUCAGCUACCUGCAUAAUUGAUUGCUUCGAGCUGUUCAUUGAGAGGCCAGGCAACCUGCUUCGAAGAAGCAGGACAUACAGUCAGUAUAAAUCACAUAACACAGCCAAAGUUCUCCAUGUGAUUGCACCAAAUGGCUUUAUUAUGUUUAUGUCCAAGGCCUAUGGCGGACGAGCAAGCGAUCGCUUUAUCACUUCAGACAGUGGCUUUUUGAAAAUGCUCACGCCUGGCGACGAAAUUCUCGCUGACCGAGGAUUCACUGUAAAUGACCUUCUUCCGCACGGUGUAAAACUGUCAUUGCCAAGUUUUUUGAAAGGGCGGCCGCAAAUGAGUUGUCAGGAUGUUGUGGCAUCGCGACGUUUGGCUAGGCUGAGAGUUCACGUGGAGCGUUCCAUAAGACGGCUGAAGUGUUUUCGUAUUCUAAAGCAGUUUCCAUGCAGUAUCUUUGCUAAGAGGCCCUUGGUAGAUGACGUACUGCUUGCCAUAGCUGGUCUGUGCAACCUUCAGCCACUUCUGAUCAAAAACCCAGUUGAAAGUCAUCUGUGA